AUGACCGAGAGCGGAGCGCCUAUACUCGAGAGUCUCGAUAAGAGAAACUUUGCGGGUAUUGGUGUGGCAAGCCGGCGUCGACUUCAGCAGCAGUUCCUGCAAAAUCAACGCCAAAACGUGUCUCCGAUACUCUUGUCCCACAAAGAUCAUAGGGACAUCUCGAUCCCUCAGUCCCAAUUUCUACCUAAGUGCGACCAAGAUACUAGUAUGUACGGGACCCAGUCGCGAUUGAGUUGUGGCCGGUUUCCGCGCUUUGCCAAGGCCGUGCACGAUACUUUCCCCACACAGACAAUGACGCCUACGUCCAUCAUACCUGUUCGCACAGGUUCUACUCCUUUACCCACUUUACCCACAAUGGUACCAAUGAACACCCCAUCCAGCAGUGAAACAAGCAGUCCAGUCGUCCAAUCUUCCGCCCCUACAUCUGUGCAUAUUUCACCCAUCACUCCAAAGCUGCGUUUGAAUACAUCAGGCGCUCUUCGUCAACAAAGCUCAGCAUCACUUAUGAGUAUGUCUUCAACAAAUACAAGCAAUUUUUCUUUGCCCCUUACCCCAGCGCCCAGCUCCAUGUCAUAUCAAGCCCAAGACAUGCUUGCUGCCCGGGCUUCGCCUGCACUGUCUAUUGAGCCCUCAUUAAAACCGUAUCGGCAGUCGGGUCUCGAUGCUCUGGAUAUGGCAUUCUGGUCCGGGGAUGGGUUUUACAGUGACGACGAAGAUGAUCCCAUGCCACAUGCAUCUCAAACCAUGCUUGCACAAAAACGCCAGCCACAGUGUGCCAAGCCGCUCCCUGACGUACGUGAAGCCGAGAAUCAUUUGCAUUUGAAUAUCAUCGACGAGUAUUUGAGUGAUGCAGCAGAGCCAAUGACUGAACAUCAACGAGAAGACAAUGCGGCUUUGUUGCACGAAGAGUGUGAGUCUCAACUUCGAUCCUUGCGAUGUAAGUCCCAGCUUGUCAUGUGCAACAAUCCCUCUGUCGUUCAAGUGCAAGACACAGCACAUUCUGUCUCAGAGCCGACCGAUUCUUCUUGCUGCACGCGAUGCCAUCAAUUCGUGGAAGGCCGUAAGAUCUGCGGUAAAGACAAUUCUAUACUCGGCAUAUACCAUCCCGACUGUGUUCGCUGCUCAGACUGCGAUGAUAAACUAGCAAAAACGGACAUUUUCAUGUAUCAAGGGAAAUUGUUAUGUCUGUGGCACUAUCAAGUCCGCAGCGGUACAGUAUGUCACGCAUGUGGCCGAGGUAUUACCGGCAUAUUUCGCAAGACGUCCAAGGGUGAAUGCUACCACCCAACGUGCAUGGUAUGUGCCUACUCGGAUGCCGCUUCAGGUCCGUGCCUACUUCAGCUCACGGACUACUUUUCUAUGAAUCAAAAAAUGUACUGUGAGAAGCAUGCGCGCCAAGUUGCCCAGUCGCUAUCGUCUCGCUAG